AUGUCUAAUACAUCUUAUCCAUCAUACUGGACAUAUAACGCAUCGGCAAUAAAUCGGUAUUUUCCAAUACCACUUCUUAUAUUUGGUACAUUUGGAAAUAUACUUAAUAUUCUUAUUUUUACUCGUAAAACUUUAAGAAAAAACUCUUGUGUGCAAUAUUUAUUAUCAACAUCAAUUGUAAGUGUAUUAACACUUUAUAUUGGUCUAAUGAGUCGUUUACUAAAUGGAUAUAAUCUUGAUUAUACAUCAUAUUCAUCAACAUUAUGCAAAAUACGAUAUUUUAUGUCGUAUCUUUGUCUUUAUUGUACAUCAUGGUUUAUUACUCUGGGAUGUUUCGAUCGUUUUUGUAGUUCAUCAGUAUCUGUUUUUCUUCGAAAUUUUUGUAAGCAAAAAAUAGUUUAUCGAGCUAUUUCAACUGUAAUUAUUCUUGGAUGUUUCAUCUUUGCUGAAACAAUUUAUUGUUUUAAUAAUGGAAAUCUCAAUUCAGUUGCAUCAUGUUAUACAAUUUCAGUUCAAUGUCAAAUUAUUGAUGGUCUUUUAUUAAUGAUCUUUUAUACAACAAUUCCAAUCGUAUUAAUGAUUACGUUUGGUUUUUUAACAUUGAAAAAUAUAAGACAAAGUCGACGACAAGUAAGAUCAGUGAAAACUGAACCAAGAUUAGAUACAUCGAUGACACAAAAUAUAUCAACAAGGAUCGUUCCAAACGCAAUCAAAGACAAUUUUUCGUCAGGAGUUAAUACAAAGAUACGGAAACAAGAUCUACAAAUUAUAACGAUGUUAUUUGUCCAAGUUGGUACUAUUAUAAUAUUUUGUUCACCAAUGGGCUUUUACAAAUUCUAUGCUUCAUUAACUGCACGUACAGAAAAAUCAUUGCAACAUAAAGAAAUUGAGAAUUUUGUGGCACAAUUUGUUAUUCUAAUAACUUAUAUCAACAAUUCAAUGAUGUUUUUUAUUUAUACACUUACAGGACGUAUAUUUCGUCAAGAAUUGUUUAAACUAAUAUUUAAAUAA